AGCCGCUCGGCUGUUCCGCCGGCCCCUGCGGGAGGGGCACGAUGGCCGCUCAGGUGCUGGCUCUGCUGAGGGAGGUGUCGCGGCUGGAAGCGCCGCUGGAGGAGCUUCGUGCGCUUCAUUCCAUGCUGCAGGCGGUGCCGCUCAGCGAGCUCCGUGAGCAAGCGCCAGAACUGCACCUGGGCCCGCUUUUCUCCCUGCUCAACGAGAACCAUCGGGAACAGACUGCUUUAUGUGUAUCCAUUUUGGAAAGAUUGCUCCAAGCUGUGGAACCAGUUCAAGUGGCCCGGAAUCUCAGAGUUGACCUGCAGAGGGGACUGGCUCACCCCAAUGAUUCUGUAAAAAUUCUCACUCUGUCCCAGGUUGGAAGAAUUGUUGAAAAUUCUGAUGCUGUUACUGAGAUUCUAAAUAAUGCUGAAUUACUAAAGCAAAUCGUUUAUUGUAUAGGUGGAGAAAAUCUAUCUGUUGCUAAAGCGGCCAUUAAAUCCUUAUCAAGAAUAUCACUAACCCAGGCUGGACUGGAGGCUUUGUUUGAAAGCAAUCUGCUGGAUGAUUUGAAAAGUGUAAUGAAAACAAAUGACGUUGUUCGAUACAGAGUGUAUGAGCUAAUUGUGGAGAUUUCUUCUGUGUCACCAGAAUCUUUAAACUACUGCACUACCAGUGGACUGGUAACCCAGCUCCUUAAGGAGCUCACUGGUGAAGACGUGUUGGUCAGAACCACCUGUAUAGAAAUGGUGACGUCACUGGCAUGUACUCAUCAUGGAAGACAGUACCUAGCUCAAGAAGGAGUAAUUGACCAAAUUUCCAAUAUAAUUGUUGGGGCAGAUUCAGACCCUUUUUCUAGCUUCUAUUUGCCUGGAUUUGUGAAGUUUUUUGGAAACCUGGCUAUCAUGGACAGUCCUCAACAGAUAUGUGAGCGUUAUCCUGUCUUUGUGGAAAAAGUCUUCGAAAUGACAGAAAGCCAGGACCCCACCAUGAUUGGUGUAGCAGUAGACACAAUUGGAAUCCUGGGGUCCAAUGUUGAAGGAAAACAGGUUUUACAGAAAACAGGCACUCGCUUUGAACGCUUGCUCAUGAGAAUAGGACAUCAAGCAAAGAAUGCCUCAACAGAGCUCAAGAUUAGGUGUUUGGAUGCAGUUUCAUCUCUUCUUUAUUUAUCACCUGAGCAGCAGACUGAUGACCUCCUGCGGAUGACAGAAUCCUGGUUUUCCUCCUUAUCUCGGGACCCACUGGAACUUUUCCGUGGCAUCAGUAAUCAGCCCUUCCCUGAACUACACUGUGCUGCCUUAAAAGUGUUCACGGCCAUUGCAAACCAGCCCUGGGCUCAGAAACUUAUGUUUAACAGUCCAGGUUUUAUAGAAUAUGUGAUGGACCGGUCUGUGGAGCGUGACAAAGCUUCAAAGGAUGCCAAAUAUGAACUGGUGAAAGCACUUGCCAAUUCCAAGACAGUUGCAGAAAUCUUUGGAAACCCAAAUUACUUGAGACUCAGAACUUACCUGAGUGAAGGACCUUACUAUGUGAAACCCGUUUCCACAACAGCAGUGGAAGGAGCGGAGUGAUUGCUUCUCGAAUCUAGACCUUUUUUUGACCAAAAAUGCCUCCAAAGAUUUUUGACUAUCUGUAUUUUACAAAAUAGAAACUUCCCAUCCCCAGAAUGAUGGAGUGUCUAAUAUGAUUUAUCACCAACAUUUGCCAUGUUUUUGCAUUGAAAUACAGUUUGGGAAGUGGGCAAAAUUCAGUCAUAAUUGAACCAGAUACUUUUCAGAUUCCUUUAGCUACAUUAAUCUUUGCAGUGAGAUAGAAAUUAUAUUCUCAGAAUAUUUUCAGGGACUUACUCAUUGUCUGCUUUAAAAAUACAUCAUAUAAAAUGGAACCAAGUUGUUCUGAAUUAUCUUUACCACUUUUUCUUUUUGGUCCUAUUCCUGCUUCAGAUUCUACUUUCAAAGUGUUAGAUAUAAAUAGUCUCAGAGAAAUAAUAUGAACUUAAAAUUAUGUUCUCUAUCCUAAGUUCUCUUGAUUUUUUGUACUAUUAUUCCUUUGAAAAAC